CAACACCGUAAUAUAUCUCCUCUUGGCGAGCCGGAAGAGCAAGUGUCUUUGUUCUUCGCUGGAAGUAUUUUUCUGUUCAUUUUCUUUUCCGAAUUCCGAUUAUCCAAACGGGAGCGAGGAAGAAGAAUCCGUCGGACAAAAUCUCACUGACGGGAGCAUCCAAUCCAAAUGGCGGUUUCCGUGACGGCGUCCACGAUUCUUUCUCUCAGCUCUGACCGUACGACUCGCUUAGCUGCGGCGGCGGCCUCAUCCUCCUCCUCUUCUUGUUCAAAACUGUCUUCCUCUACUUCGCUGCGAUUUCCGGCGCAGCUUCGACGUGUUCGGAUCGGAAGUCAGGACUCACGGCCUUGGCGUCUUUCUCCGGUUGAAGCAAAGAAGCAAACAUUUUCAUCCUUCCAAGAUUUGCUGGCUACCUCUGAAAAACCUGUGUUGGUUGACUUUUAUGCAACCUGGUGCGGACCUUGUCAAUUUAUGGCACCCAUCCUCAACGAAGUCAGUAUUACGCUGAAUGACAAGAUCCAGGUUGUGAAAAUUGACACAGAGAAGUAUCCUAGCAUUGCUGAUAAAUAUAACAUACAAGCAUUGCCUACUUUCAUCAUAUUUAAGGAUGGAGAGCCAUUUGACCGCUUUGAGGGUGCUAUGACUGCAGAUCAGCUUGUCGAACGAAUAGAAACUACUUUGAAAGUUAAGUAGGAGACAGCUUCUCAGGUUGAACUGAGAAGCUGAUCGAUUCAGCCGCAUUGCAAGAAAUAUGGAUUUUAUGAAGAAAGGCACUGGAUGUUCCUCUGCUUUUUAUUUUUUGUAUGUAACUGGUUUGUACUAACAAAAAAGUGAGACUUGUUCACCCGGUUGGCGUAGUCGUGCGGAUAAAGCUUAGUGAAAACAAUUUUACGAUGUCAGUUUCUGUUGUGAUAUACACAUCGACAUCAGUUGCAUUCGAUUGAAAUUCAUGAUUUGGAAAAAUUAAUGAAAUUUUGUGGACAUUCAUUUCA